CAGCCUUGUCUCCCUGUCAAGGUCUCUUUGCGCAUUAAAAGCCAACUUCUAAAUAUUCGCACACAAAAUGUGAAAGAGAUUCGACUGGGAUAACAUGAGGAGUGGUUUGAGCGGAGUGAGUGUUUCACUAGUUUUGGGAGCUAUUGUCAUCUUCAGUAAUGCCGCGAUUGCACAAGAGAAUAAUGUGUGCCCCACCUUCAAAGAUUACCAUACCAUCAAAAACAACUCCAGGUGUUGGUAUGACCUUGCUGUGGAGUUCAACGCUCCAGAGAUAAUCCAGCGUAUGGGAUAUCCCCUUUUGACCUAUAAGGUACGAACAGCUGACGGUUAUAUUUUGACAAUGUUCAGGAUUCCCAAUGAUCAUGUAAAAAACACGAAUGCAAGAAAACACCCUAUUUAUCUUCAACACGGAUUGGUAUCAACAUGUGCAACUUUUUUAGGAAAAGGGAGAGAUUCCCUUGCAUUCAUUCUAUCAGAUGCGGGUUAUGAUGUUUGGCUGGGCAACUAUAGAGGAAAUCCAUAUUCUGAGGAGCAUGAGAAUAUGACAAUAUAUGAUCAAGAGUACUGGAAUCAUGGUACAAUCAGUUAUAUUAGUGAAGAUGAUCUCCAAUUGGAAAGCGUACCAGUUUUCUUUAACCAGCUUCCAGGUGGAACUUCAAUCAAAAUUCUGAAUCAUGCAGCAGAUUUCGUUUUGGGAAAUUUCAGAAAGUAUAAUUAUGGAAGACUGAAUCCGAAAUACUACGGAACAUCAUCUUCUCCGAUAUAUGAUAUCAAGAAACUGAAACUCCCUGUUUAUUUGGUGUUCAGUGGCCAAGACUGGGUUACUCCCGAAGCGGAUGCUCUCAACUUAUGGAGGAAUCUCCCAGAAAGGUCAAGACACGGCAUGCUCAAGAUAAACAGGAAUGUUUUCAACCACAUCGAUAUGAUAUAUGGAAGGCAUGCUAGAGAGUGGGUUUACGACCCAUUAGUUCGAGUAUUAAAUAAAGCCAUAAGUUCCUAAAUAGCUACAACGUCAGUAUUACAUUAUAACAACAUCUCAAUCCUACCUAAUAAGAAGUUUGGGACAGUUUCACAGAAGAAAUUCGAGAUAUCAAUGUUUAUAUUUCAACAAAUUGUAUGAUAAUUGCUUAUUAAAUUUUUCUUCAUUCAUGCAAAAAGCAGAACUUUAUUGAACUAUAUUUAGUGGAAAAAGAAGUUCUUCAUUGCACUUAGUGCAAUGAAGUUUUUAUUGCACUCAUCUGUCAUUCUACUUCAACGUGCUGUCAUCAUGACAUUCAUUUUUUAUAUUGCAACUGUGGUUAUAGAAACGUCAUAUAUUCAUAUUGAAAAUUGCACCAAUUGUGCAUUCACUUUCAAUGUCGAGGGUAAAAAUAAAGUUUGAGUUAAAUUGUUCGUAACGUAUUAGUUCCUGUUUCAAUGCAAAUCGAUAUCAAUAAUAAAGUAUUCAAGUUGCGUUUUUCAUUUUCCUACACCUAGUGCCGCACCUCAAUGAAUCAUUUUUUUCUUUUUGCAUGAACGUAGAAAAAAUGUUGUAUGCAACUCGUGCAAAAAUUGUUCAUUAUAACUUUAUUAUAACAUUCACUUUUUGCACUUGUUGCAUAAAUAACUAUUUCUCAACGAGGUAAUGAUAUCUAAUGAACGUGAAAAUGCAUCGUCUGCUUAUUUUUCAGAACAAUAUUUUUAUUAUGAGAACUUCUCAGUUUCG